AUGAAAAGAGAAUUCCCUUUGGUACGCUCGUUCCAUAACUUGGUUUGGAACUUGCGUCACUACCGACAUCCGGCUCGAAGGCCCGCCUUCAGAGCUACCAGACACCCAUUUUGCACGAAUAUCCAACUCCAAAAUGCACUGUGCACUUUUUGGCUAAAAGAGACUUCGAAGGAUUUUGGUUCAAGACUUGUCAGUGCUUUGGCAGAACCAGGUGCUUCCUGUAAGUCCCAUCAGACCAAACAGAUCUCCACAAGACUAACGAAGCUACAUCCAGCUGCGCUAUACACACCUUACGGGGUCCUGAAAAGGCACGAGGUGGAACAGCAAGAAAACGAGAAGGAAAGCAUGAAGCUCAAGAUGAUCAGCUUGUUCCAGAAAGGCAUGUUCAAGGAGAUGAAUGUGCUAAUACAAGAGUACAGAAAGAAGGGCCUGACACUCCCGGCAGACGUCUUAGACGAUAUGGUGGAAAAGAUCAGAAAAGAUGCAUAUGGUAUUGGUGAAGACCAGGACCCCAUAUACAAGGCGGAUAUCGAGACCCCUUGGUAUAUUGGAAAAAACAACCUCAAAGCGGCUGCUCAGUUUGGUGAAGUAUAUCCUCAGAUACCGAAGUUCUAUGAGGCAUUUCAAUCAAUCAAGAACAAGAAUCCGCACAAUUGUUCUCUGAAGAGCCUCGAAAAUGGCAUCUGGCUAUGUUACCACAUGGAUGAUGCAGACACCCUUCAGCUGCUUCUCUAUGCUUAUUUGCGGAAGCCAGCUUACAACAGCAUGACGCUCAGUUAUGCUGUAAAUUCAUUCGUUGUGAGCUAUGAUGUCCAAUUUGCAAAAUCCCUCUUCCAGAGCAUCCUUCAAAUGGGCAAGCCUCUCGAAAGCCAUCUUCUCUCUACAACAAUGGCUAAUCUCAUCAAGGUGGGAGCGGUAUUCGAGAACAUCGAUCAACUCUUUCAAUUGUGGCUCAAGUCUUCAAACUGUUCGCCGCCUGACGUCACCACCACUGCCCUAGUGCUCAAGCACUAUCUUAAGUUCGGUCUGGAUGAAGAGGUUAAUGGCUUAUCAAAGGUUAUCAAUAAGCUAGGCUACAACAACCAUUAUCUUAUCUCAAUGGUGAAGACUCACUCAGAAAUCCAGAGCAGGAACACCGACCAGAAGAAGCAGUUGAAUCAAGAAGACAUAAAACAGAUUCUUCUGAUUAGGAACUCUAUCGCAUACAACAGAUCGGCGUUGUCUAUCUACUACGAGUCAACUAUUGCAUUCCUCGCAAGGCACGCCCAUACCAGCAUGAUUCACUUCAUGGUUGAGGAGAUGAAGAAGGAUGGAAUCGAGCCAUCCAAAUUUGCAUACGAUGUAAUUAUUCAACAUUACAUCUCAGAGAGAAAGUUCAUGCCCCUUUAUUCAUUAGUGAGCAACUCUCUCGCCAACUCCACAGAGUUCAGGCCUCACUACGUCAAGUACUUAUUCGAUGCAUUCGUCAGAGCAUACCCAUAUCUGGGCGCAGAUAUGUAUCAUGGUUUGCAUGCUUGGCUUCAAAAGCCAGAGAAUACCCUAGAUCUUGGUACCAAGAAACGCAUUUUAAUGGCAUGUCGCAUCGCUAAGGUGGAGUCCAACAUUACUCCAUAUGCGCUUCAAAGAGAUGACUUGAAAAAUGAUAGAAAGUACGACUCACCGGAAUGGAGUUCCAUCAAGCACACUUUGUUGAACAAACUCAAAGCGAAAGACAAGCAACAAGUCACCUUCAGAGUGAACAAAGGCUUCAGAGAUGUUCUUCGCAAGGGCGUGAAGCCUGACUUCCAUUUACUCGAAAACACAUUGAGAAAGCUGAAGCACCACUACAGAAUUGGCAUCUUGGACAGUUUGAAUCAAAUGCGUAUGACUUCGUGCAAGCCCAGGCUUCAGAUUCUCCACGAAACCUUGAGCAAUCCUACGCGUGAACAGCUUAAACAGUUUGUGAAGCGCAUUGAGCCAGAAUUAAACACGAGCGAUAAAAUCUUCCUUGCGAGACGCUUGAUGAACAAGGGUGCGUUUGAGGAGGCCGGAAGGCUCCUAGACUCGGUCAACCAUGAGGAGCUUGGAGACCAACGUGAGAUGAUCCUCCUCAAUUUAAGACUCCGUAAUGAAAUUGGCCGCAACAACUUCAAACAGUGUGAUCAAAUCAUUCUGGAAUUCCCGUUGGACGAAAUCACACUCAGCCCUUACAUUCUCCAACAGUGUUGCUACAUUGAGAAAUCACUUAUGAACAAGAUAAAGGCUCUGGAAGCCAAUGUCACCUCAAAACUUCAUGAGAUGAAGGAUACUAUGCAGCAAACGUUGAAGAAUUUGAACGGUCUUAUUGGCGACAUCGAAGUCAGACUUAGCCUGGACAAGAAGGACCUUCGUGAGAAAGUGGUAGAAAUGUUCCAGAUGUUGGAUGAAUGGAUCAAGAAAACAAACAGAGACGAUCAUUAA